UAUGGUUUGACUGUGGUAGAUCUCAUUUAAUAAAUUCGCACUGAGUUCUAGCUACGUCCGACACCAAAAGAGUGAAAAAAAAACGUAAAAUUUUUAAACGUUUGUACCUAGUUGAAAUAUCGCAUUCGAGUGUUGGAAACUACUGAUCUUACAGCAUGGAUGAAAUACCGAAAAAAACGGCUUAUUCUAUUAUUCCUAUUACGAGUAAAGACGUCGAAAAAGUUACGCUUUUCUUAAGGAAAUUUUUCUUUCGCGAUGAACCUCUAAAUGCAGCUGUUGAGUUAUUGGUAGAACCAAAUGCUACGUGUCAAGAACUAGAAGAACACUGUGUUAGUUGCAUUCCUGAAGGCUUGUCAAUAAUGGCUGUUUCACCGAGCGGAUAUCUGUUGGGAGUCUGCUUAAAUGGGUCGUUGACGAGAGACAGCAAUGAAAAUGAUAAUUCUAAAGACCAUAGCAUAGAAGACCGUGCGAAUCCAAAAUUCAAAAAAGUUUUGCAAUUAUUGUCAACUGUGACCAAAUUAUCUGAUGUUUUCGGGCAUUUUCCCACCGCUGAAAAAUUUUUAGAUUUGAAGAUAAUUUCCAUUGAUGAAAGUUGUCGUGGUCAGGGGAUCGCCAAAGCUUUGAUUGAUAAAACUAUUGAAAUUGCAAAAGAACACAAUUUCCCAUUGAUCAAAGUGGAUUGUUCGAGCCAUUAUUCAGCCAAAGCAGUAUCGCGUUUAGGUUUCCAGAGUAUAUUUACUUUGAAAUACGAUGACUAUGUGAAUAGCGAAGGAGAAAAAAUAUUCAUUACAAAACCACCUCACACCUGUGUCGAAACGUUUGUGAUGCCUUUAAGUUCAUGAUAAUUUAUAUUUGGUGUAUCUACCUACUUAUCAUGUUUUAAGAGAUGAUGGAAUAAGAGUGUCGAAUAUGGAG